UUUGAUUUGCUCUGAUUCCAAAGUUUGAUGUUUAAAGUAUGGUUUUUUCUGCUUGAAAUUCUGUUUCGAUUAGAUGGGGGGACAUUUUGUUGGGGAUGGAUGCCCUUUACGUGUGAUCUGAGUAUGGAGGAAGUUCUUCAUAGAUCGCUGAUUCUGGAAAAAUUUUUGGAAUGGCAGCAAUUUACAGUCUUUACAUCAUCAACAAGUCUGGUGGAUUGAUAUAUUAUAAGGAUUAUGGGUCUGCUGGACGAAUGGAUACCAAUGACAGCUUGCGUGUGGCAAGUUUAUGGCAUUCAAUGCAUGCUAUCUCUCAGCAGUUAUCACCUGUUUCAGGUUGUUUAGGAAUUGAACUUCUCCAAGCAGAUACAUUUGAUCUUCAUUGCUUUCAAUCGCUGACAGGCACAAAAUUUUUUGUGGUCUGUGAGCCUGGAGCACAACACAUGGAAAAUUUAUUGAAAUUUGUCUAUGAAUUGUACACGGACUAUGUUUUGAAGAAUCCGUUCUAUGAGAUGGAGAUGCCUAUACGCUGUGAGCUCUUUGAUAUCAACCUAACACAGGCAGUACAAAAGGAUCGUGUUGCUUUUUUGGGCCGAUGAAUUUAUAUCUGACAUCACAUUUCUAUUCUGAUCAGCACAUAAUCUAACAUUUGUCAUUCGAUUACACUACUUGUAAGGGAGAGUCUCUUCUACUGCUCCUAGCCUUUUUGAUUUGCUCUUUUGAACAAAUCAAGAUUUACAAUGUCUUAGAAAAACAAGUUUUCCGACAUAAGAUUUAUCAUUUUCCAGGAAUGCUUUUCAUAUGGUAGUAGUUAAAAAUUGCCUGUGUGCUACAUAGAUUACCUUGGCGUAUGGUUUGUUUUGCAGAUGUAAUUUAUUUUUACAUGAUGGUAGAAUUACUCGAGGAAUGGACUAGUGUUCUUGCAUGAUUGGAUUUGGUGUAUCAGCUCAAUAGUCAGGUGCAAUGUUGCAUGUUCCUUAGCUGGUUACAUAUUCCAAUGAGUUUACUGUC